AUGAAUUAUAUCGGAGAUGAUCAAACUCAGUUUAUAAUUACAAAUAUACUCAACUCUAACAAAGAUAUAAACAAGGACCAUAUAUUCGACCAAUUAUACACGUAUUUAUAUGGAAUCUCCGAUAAAAAUUAUUUUACGAGACUUAUAAAUAAUCAAAGUGCUAAUUUGGGUUUCUGUACAAACAAAUGGUUACAAGAAACUGUGGCAAUAAAAUGUUACGAUUGCGAAUAUGAUUCUACAUGUGCCGUUUGCCUGGAAUGCUUCUUCAACUCGGAUCAUACAUCCCAUGAAUAUAGAUUAACAAGGACAUCAGGAGGCUGUUGUGAUUGCGGAGAUGUAAGUUCAUGGAAUUUUAACGGAUCAUGUAAAAACCAUACCCAUUUCGUCGAUUACGAUGAAAGAACGACCUUAUCCUGUUUUACAAACAGCUUUCUGCUAAAACUAGAGAGUUUGCUGACGCAAAUCAUAUACUAUAUAACGGAAUAUUUGAAGAAUAUCCAUAUAAUAGACGAAUACUCACUUCAAAUAUUAAUACUAUUUUUGAAUGAUUUGGUUAAAGUCAGUUCAUCAUACAGAUUUGCACUGAAUUUGUGUCUCUCGAAAGAUGUUCUUAAGGAUUGGAUUUUGAAACAUCAAAUCCUCUCGAAUGAUAUCCAAAAGUCGUUUAAUUCGUUGUAUUUGACACUUUUGACAUCAAUGGCAUUUAAAAUGAAGUUUGCAACAUUAUUUGCGUCACUGUAUAUUGACAUUGUACAGCCAUUAAAAGAGAUCCCAGAUGGUAUUGUUAAGUUAGAUAACAAUGAUGUAGAAUGGCAUUUGAGUAAUUUAUCAGUUCAGCUAUUCACAUACUCAACAAUAGCAAAUGAGUUGUUUAAAAAUGAAUUUCUAAACUAUUGCAUUGAGCCAAUAAUGGAUAAGAAUCUGCUGGACAAGAGACUAAAUAAGAUCCAGUUCACAAGAUUCGAUAGGAAGAAAUUCAGUUUGUAUAUAAGGAUUUUGAGUGAUAUCACAUACUUAUUUAAUCACAAAUCAGUAUGUGAAAUAGUAUUGUCAAACCCGAAUAUUCAAAAUACAGUACUAAGGCUACUGGCAACACAUAAUCAAAUGAACCUGAUUGAACGUGAAGAAUAUGAACACGUAUCAUAUGAAAAUUCAGGAUAUUCAAUAGCAUUUACAAUUGAGCAUACAAUACACUCUGCAUUAAAACCACUAUCAGAUUACUGUAAGAAUUUACCAAUAGAAAAAACAAACGAAUUAUUGAAAUUUUAUAAAAAUAUAAACGAUUUUAUAUUCAAUAGACUUUUAAAAGAGAAGAACCAUAGCGAAAAAUUAGCUAGGUCAUUUCAUAUACCAUUUGUUAGGUUCUUUACAUAUCUAGUUGAUUUCAACUUUGUAAGGAAAUGUUUAAUAUCAAAUUUGAAAAGAAAUAAAGAUUUAUCGGAAUAUCUAGAUUUAAAUUUCCCAGAUUUAAAAUCAGAAUCCAGUGUAGACUAUGACAUUCUUAGUAUAUUUGACAAUGAAGUGUUGAUGUAUAUUUUAAGAAAUGCAAUUGAAGUGAUUAAAUUCUCUAUGGAAAUUAAGCAGAAUCUCUGGGUAUAUAACGGAGAAUCGAUGCAUGAACAAAGAACAAACUAUUAUGAACUGCUCUUUGACACAUAUGAUAUAGCGGCAAUUCAAAUAAGUGUGUGUUUAUUGGCGAUGAAAAACAUUGGAAAAGAUUUGGACUUGAUUUCAGUGAUUUUCGAUAUUUGUGUAGGUAGCGAUGAGAAAUCAUGUGAAGAUGAUACGUUUGGUAUUGAUCCAGGUGAAAUGACUGAAGGGAAAUUGUUGGAAUGUGAUUUUACAGGAGAAAUUAUAGAAGUUUCAUCAAGAUCAACAAUUGUACCAGAAGAUGAAACUGCCGGAAAUGAAGAAGUAAUUGAGCCAGGAGAUAUGCAGUUCAAGUUAUCAUUCUUCUUCAUGAUCAUGAACACGUUAAUAAAUGAUAUAAAGCACAUUGAGAUACUGUCAAUACCAAAAAAGACAAUGAAGGAAGAGUAUGUAAAGAGAGGAUUACCAUUAUUGAAGAUGGAUGUAGUAUAUGCACUAGUAUCAGGAAACGCAGAGUUUGGAAAAGUAGUAAAUGAGACGAAGAAACAUUGGAAACAUCAUCCAAAAGUAGUUGAAACUAUUGAAGAUUUGGCGUCGUUAAACUACUCAAAAGUGUCUGAUAAAACAUAUGUGAGACUAAAGCCAGAUUCCUAUAAGAUGAUUGAUAUUUUGUGGAACCCACAGUACCCAAUAACACACUCGGUAUGUAAAAACUCAUUAAAGGAAAAUAUAAGCUUACUUGGAUCAUGCGUUGAAGUCAUGUCUAGAGAAUAUAAUGAGACACAAGAUAUUAUUUUAAACUCCAUAUCGUGUAAUAGAUUGUUGAAAUACAUUUUUGUACUCAUUUCAAACUAUUGUAAAAUGCAUUUCAAACACGCUGAGGAGUUAUCGAAUUUCAUUGAUCAAGCUAUUAAUUCCAGAGGAUUCAACUCACUGGUAGAUUUGUACAAUAAAAUCCAUUUAAACGAGAACCAAAUAAAAAUAAUAUGUAUAAACGACAUGAAGGAGUACAGUGAGUGUAUAUUAUACUCGUUAAAGAUUUUAAAUCUCUUUCUGUCAAAAAUGCCACUACCGCCACUAGAGGUGGGGAAAUUCAUGGUAAAUUCACUGGAACUAGUCCACAAGAAUAUGGACGACGAGAUUUAUAAAAAGUGCCUAUCAUACACAAUACUAAAGAUGAAGAGGAUUUAUAUGAUAGAUGAUAGUGUGUCAGAUUUAAUGUCGAAAGGGAAUAGUAAGGAUGUCAAGUUAAUACAAAAGCAAAUGAUCCAGAGACUUUGUAGCCAAAAUACAAUGUUUUCAAAUGAAAUUGAAGAAGAAGAAGUAACAACUGAAGCAAACGAAGAUGAUUUAGUAUGUAUACUAUGUAAGCAGGUGAUGGAUUCAAUGUCAAACAUGUCAUACAUGACAUUUGUAUCAACAAACAAUGUACUAAGAAGAUGUUCUACAUCACAUCAAAAUAAAAAUUAUAGUAUAUAUGCAAGGUCAUCAAUGCCAUUGAAAUCAUCAAUAAUCACAACGUGUGGUCAUAUAGCACAUACGAAGUGUAUUAACGAGCAUAGGAAAGUACAGACAGAUAAUCAUAUAUUCUCAAUGUAUGGGAUACAAAAGUCUAAGAAUGAGUUUUUCUGUCCAGUUUGCAAGUUACUGUGUAAUUACACAUUAAAUAUAACAACAAUAGAUAGUAUGAAGAAUAGAAGAGGUUUGUUUUGUAACAGAUUACGCGUUGAUAGUGUAUCGAGUCCAGAGUAUGAAAAUGUCAAUGUAUCACAUUCAUCCACAGAUAGAUCACAACCAGAAACACCAGAUUGCACACCAUACAUGUUAAUGUGUAAGCAGAGUUUAGAUAUAACAUGUAAUUGGUCAUGGAGACACCCAUACACAACAAAUUGGAUAAACUCACCAGUGUAUGCAAGUUUUGAAGAAUAUCCUUUAUACGUGUAUGGACUCGUGACAUUUGCAAAUAACAUUGACCUGAACUAUUUUUUGUCAUCAGAUAUGAAUGUGCAAGAUGAACAUGCACUAUCAUAUAAUAUCUCCUUACCCAAUAUAGAAUGUACAACUUGCACAUCAUAUGAUCUGGCAACUAUUGAAAGAAAUUGUUGUUCAGGAUUCAAAAGGAGUGAGAAUAGACUAGUACCAAAAGUGACAUUCCAAAACCUUAAUAGACUCAAUAAAGUUGAUAUGAUAUUCGAGUAUUUCAUGACAAACUUGGAUUGUUAUAGAGAUUGCAGUAUACAUAAAUAUAUUAAUAUGAACGGGUCAAAGUUGGUUUGCACAGAGUUUUUCCCAAGAGUGUUGACAUCAUCAUAUGCCAUAGCAUUGUUUUCUAAAAAUAGAUUAUACUUUGGAAUUCAGAACUGGAAACAUGUGAAUUCAACAGUGAAGCUGGAUCCAAAGUUCUGGGUAUUUUAUAACGAAAUAUUAAAUGUAACUACAUUAAGAAGGAAUACACUGAAUAUACAAAACCCAUUAUACGCACAGCUCAUAAGAAAUUAUUAUUUCAAAGGGUUAAAGUCGUCGACACACUACGCACUUUUAUCAGAAAGAAAUAUAGUGGAACAUAACAUAAUAUUAGAUGAAACAUACCAUGAUGUUAGGAGUGAUUUGAUAACAAUACCACAGCCAUCAUUAUAUUAUGAAAAGUCGUUAUCAGAUCAAAUUAACAUUAUUAGGAUCUUUAUAGAAUCGUUGAGUGACUCACAUAUGUAUGAGUUGUAUGAAAGCUUGAAUAUGUUCAACUCGAGUAUGAAUGAGAUAAGGCAAUAUAGUUUUGAAAAUGAACGGUUCUCAUUCUUUGAUAAGGUCAUGAAUACAAACCAUGACACUAGCUGGAUCAAGUCACUUCAACCUUUAAAGAAAUAUUUCCAACAGGAAAACGAUAAAUCAAACAUUUAUAAAAUAGAUGAUUCAGAUGAUUCUGGCAUAUAUAACCCGUUGGAAUGUGAAAACAUCAACAUUUAUAAAAUGUUUGGUAAUGAUUUAUUGGUGAACCCAUGGUCAUGUGAUUUCAUGAGAGAUUUCCUAUUAUUCUUUUUUUCAACCAAGUAUUGUGGUAAAGAUAGUGUUAUGGAACAUCUGUACUAUUAUCUAAUGGUGGGAACUAUGCAGGUAAUGGAUAGAUUCUUAAUUGACAUUGUUGAGGAAAACUAUGUUGAAUUUAUUGACACAAGUGCCAGGACUGAUAAAUUCUGUUUAGAAACAAGAAAUAAGAGAGAUUUCCUUAAAAUGUUCAGUGAGAGGUUCUUUAGAGAGUUUUAUGAAAAUGCAGAGUUUCCAGUAGAUCCAAUUUCAAGAUUAAAUAUCAUUGACUUUAAUGAACAUGUUGAUAAGUUCCGAGAAUACAAUGGUUAUACAAAUGUAUGUGAGGAGACAGUGUAUAAAUAUCCAAAUAAGGAGUUUAGAGUAUUUAAUGAAAUGUUAGAGGAAUUAAUAUCAUAUUCGUCAUUGUUGAGAUCAAUACAUUACUCUCACGUGGAUUCAUUUACAGAAGAGAUUCCAAAAAUUACAGAAUUUACACCACAAUAUGAUAAUAAGGAUUUGGAUAAUUAUCUAGUAAAACAAGUGUCUAGAUUGGUAAAGGUAAGAGAUAUCCAGAAUAAUUUGAACAAUUCAUAUGACGUCAAUGCGAUAAUAGAAACCUUGAAGGAAUAUGUACCUCACAAAUCAUGUACCAAGAGGACAAGAAUAGGUAAUUUUGAAGAUAGAGUGACUAGUUUAUUGGAUGACAUUUUUAUUGAUCCAGUGACUCCAGAGGAAUCACAGUUAAACACGGAAUAUUUUUAUAAAGGAGUUGAUUUAGCUAGGAGAGUUAACAAGUUGUUGUACAAGAAUCAUUCAAACUCGGCGUUUUUCGAGACUCUAAAACAUCAUAUACCAGACUCGAUUCAUAUAUUGGACUUUUUCGAUAAUGAUUUUUUCAAUGAGAUGCCAACAUUAGAAUUUGGUAACUCGUUUUUUAACAUUGUUGAAACAGUUUUUAAUAAAGUUCUAGAGUAUCUAAAAUCUAAAGGUUAUAUAAGGAUUAGAGAAUCUGACUUGUUUGGUAGAUUUAAAAAUAUGUUAUUCGAGUCAAUGAACUUGUUCUUGGAUGUUUCAUUCUGGACAAUAAAUAGUAUAUAUGCGUAUGAUAAUGAUUUGAGGAAUAAAUUGGUAUACUCGAAUAUGUAUAAUGAGUCAACAAGGUUUUUGGCAACAUAUGAAGCUUUGGGUUUACAAGAAUACGUUAAACCACAACUCACCAAGAAAAUUAUUAGAAUGCUGUUUACAAAUACUUACAAGAACCAAAUGAGACUAAAUAGGAACUGUAACAUGGAAGUAACACCGCCAAUAGUCACCAAUUAUGCUCUGAUCAAAAUUGACAAGUAUUUGGAUGAGUUGAAUUGGCAAAUCAUCAAGACAACCUCGUUUAGAAAUUGCGCCAACUGUGGUUCUAAACCAGCUAAUCCACUCAUUUGUCUUCUUUGCGGGUCACUUUUAUGUUCAAACUCGGAGUGUUGCCAGAAGGUUAAAAUCUCUGAUCUCACCAGGUUCAUUUCAGAGCUUGACAAGAAGAGUUCAGAGUUCAAGAGGAGCGACGUUUCAAAGAUUUAUUAUGAGGAGAUUCUAGCACACUCAAAUGUGUGUGGCGGAGGCCAGUGUAUUUACUUCUCACCCUACUACUGCUUUGUGCUUUACGUUGAUGAAAGAAGGAGGUGUGUAGUGCAGUCACUUUACUCUGACAAGUACGGAAACAGUGAUUUGCACGGCAAGGUUUACGACACUGUUCGGCUCUCGCAAGUGAGGAUUGAGAAUAUAGUAAACACGCUAUGUUCAGGACGACUAUCUAAUGAAAUUGUAUCCCAGAGAAAAUUAAUGCUAAAUAGUUUCAAUUAA